UCUAAUAUGCAAAUUUCCGUUUUCCGUCGCCACAAACCGCAAUAAAAAACCAAAGGUCAAACAAUCAAGCAGUGAAAACAAACCUUCUCGUUCUUAACCGAACCGGAAGCAUUUGUGUAGUUUUUCGUUAGAAAUCAAACCUGGCGCCAUGACAGUAACGAAAAUUAUUUCUAACGGUCGUUUUUAAACUAAAUCGUUAAUAAACCAGUGAAAUAAUUGCAAAAAACGGUUAGUUUCCGUCUCGUUGAGUGUUUUUCCAGUGAAAUUUUGCAGCAUUGUAUCAAAAGUGAGGUUAUGUUUUUGUUUUUUGUGUCAAAGUGAGCCCCCAUGUGCGAAAUGUCGCGUCACGAGAAAGCCAAGUCUGGAAGUUUCGUGAUGAAUGUGAGGGGCUCAUUCGCGAGUGUGGUGUCUUUGGGCGAUAAAAUGGAUUUCGAAGUGCGACACUCUAAGAGACGAAGUAAACGUUAUUUAACGGGCGCUGGUUUGGAGUCAUGGUUCAAGGGCGGCGGCACCAAGAAAGCCCCCGGCUCAAGACCAGCCUCCCAGUCGUCUACGCUAAGGCCAAGUUCAGAAAGCGAUUUUCCCGAAGCGGACGACAAUGCGAUCAAACAAUUCGAAGAGCAGGUCAAUAAAAUGAGCGAAAAGGAAAUCAACGUCAAAUUCGACGAUCUCCUGAACGAUAUGAACUUAAGUAGCGAUAAAAGAAUGCCCUUGACCAACAUGUCGCUGGACCAGAAGCGCAAAAUGCUCAUUUUGAAGUGCAAAGGCUCGAAUCAGGACGUGGGUCACAAGUUUGAUAAACCGCAAGAUUACAUCUCGUAUCUGGAACAGUACUCGAAGCCGGAUUUUGUCAAUUUGGGCAAAAUCCUGACCUGUGUCGAGUCCUUAAGGAUCGCCCUCACGAAUAACCCCUUAAGUUGGGUCCGGGAGUUUGGUUCCCAAGGGAUGAGGUCCAUUUUCAAAAUCCUUGAUCUAGCGAUUCGCGAAAAGGACAAUAAAAUCCAAAUUGAGUGUCUCAGAUGUGUGGAAAAAUACAUGAAUAACACUGAAGGUUUGAAGAAUUUUCUUCAGUAUGAUAAAGGGCACGAAAUCGUCGCCAAAUGUUUGGACCACUCGAAGUCGCAAGUGAUGAUUCAGGCGCUGAAGAUUUUGGCCGCGUUGUGCUUCCUUGAAGAUAACCCGUCCAGCACUUUGGGCACUGAUAAGAUGCUGGCGGCGGUCACCAAAGUGGCCGAUGCCAAAGACAUGCCCAGGUUUAUGCCCAUUGUCAACGGCAUCACAAAGUCGCGAAAUAAUGCCGAUUUGCAGAGUAUGUGUUUUCAAUUUAUUAACGCCCUUUUGUCCCAAACCGACGAUUUUGAGUUUCGGAUGCAUUUGCGAAACGAAAUUGUCAGAAAUGGACUGUAUGAUACGUUGAUCGAACUCAAAAAUGAGACAAAUCCGGUCGUGAAAACCCAGUUUGAGAUUUUCGAGAGUCAGAAAGACAACGAUUUAGAUGAGUUACACGAACGAUUUGAUAAAGUCAGGUGUGAUAUGGAUGAUAUGCAAGACUGCUUCGAAGUAUUGAAAAAUACGACGUUAGAAACUGCCGCCGAGCCUUAUUUUUUAAGUAUUUUGCAACAUUUGUUAUUUAUUAGGGACGAUAUUAAUACGAGACCAGCGUACUUUAAAUUAAUCGAAGAAUGCGUAUCACAAAUCGUCUUGCACAAGUCCGGAUUAGACCCGGACUUUACGAAAAAACACUUCGAUUUAGACUUACAACCCCUAUUGGACGAACUAAAAGAAAAACCGUCCGAAAUCGAAAACGGCAUAAUCGAAGACUUGAAAAAACAACUAGAAGAAGCCUUGAGUGCGAAAGCGGAAGCCGAAGCGAAAGUAGAACUUAUGCUCCGCCCCUCGACCGAAUCCGGUGGUAAACUCAACCCUUCGGUGGUCAGUAGCGUGGCCAACGCCCUCAACGCCCCGCCUCCUCCACCAAUGCCGGGCGCGGGUGCCCCUCCACCGCCGCCAAUGCCGGGAAUGGGCGGUCCUCCACCACCUCCAAUGCCCGGAAUGGGCGGGCCUCCACCACCUCCAAUGCCCGGAAUGGGUGGGCCUCCACCGCCCCCAAUGCCCGGAAUGGGGCCGCCCCCGCCACCAUUGCCCGGCAUGGGCGGGCCCCCGCCUCCACCCAUGAUGGGCGGGGUCCCCAAAAUGCCCGGAAUGGUCCCAUUGCCGGGAAUGACCGACACGUUACCUCAUGGCUUGAAACCCAAGAAGAAAUGGGACGUGAGUGGUCCGUUGAAGAAAGCCAACUGGAAGACGAUUCUGCCGCAGAAGAUGUCCGAAAAGGCGUUCUGGGUGCAAGUGAAGGAGGAGCAAUUAGCCACGCCCGAUAUUCUAGACGGUUUAGCUAAGAAAUUCAGUUCAAAACCGGCGAAAAAUUUGGAAGAUGUGUCUGAUAGUAGUAGUGCCAAUACCGGAACUUUGAAAAAAGUCAAGGAAAUGAAAGUGUUGGACGGGAAAACGGCACAAAAUAUAUUGAUUUUACUCAACGGUUCGCUUAAACACAUGUCUUACGAUGAGAUAACCAGGUGUUUGUUACGCUGCGACGAUAAAGUACUUACCGAGAACGUAACCGAGCAAUUAAUACAGUACUUACCACCCCCUGAUCAAUUAUCCAAGUUACAACAGUACAAAGAUAAGUACGACCAACUUACCGAAGCCGAACAGUUUUGUAUCAAAAUAUCCGAAGUUAAGCGACUUUUGCCGAGGCUGAAAUCGAUCAGUUUCAAGCACCAUUACGUCGAAAUGGUCAACGAUACGAAACCUGAUAUUGUGGCGGCAACGGCCGCUUGCCAGGAAGUGAAGAAGAGUAAAAAAUUCGCACGGAUUCUCGAACUUAUCCUACUUUUAGGCAAUUAUAUGAAUUCGGGAAGUCGCAACGCGCAGGCGUACGGUUUCGAAAUGAGUUUUUUAACGAAAUUGACAGGUACGAAAGACAUACACAACAAGCAAACGCUUCUCCAUUAUAUCGUCGAAACGGUUGAGACGAAAUUUCCCGAAUUGUUGAAUUUCUACGACGAAAUGCAACAUAUUGACAAAGCCAGUAGAGUGUCGUUAGACACGAUCCAAAAGACGUUGAAACAAAUGGACAGUAAUAUACGAAACCUACAAACCGACAUAAAUAACAAUCGAACGCCUCAAAGCAGUGACGAUAAAUUCUUAGAAGUCAUGGAGAAAUUUGCAAGUGAAGCCCGGGAACAAUGCGAUAUCCUCCAAAACAUGUUCAAAAAAAUGGACAGUCUCUACACGGACUUGUCCGAAUUUUACGUUUUUGAUAAGCAAAAGUACACCCUUGAGGAGUUUUUCACCGACUUGAAGACGUUCAAAGACAGUUUUAUCGAGGCCAAAAAAGACAACGACAAAGAGAGAGAGCUCCUGGAGAAGAAGGAGAAGGCGCGCUUGGCGAAGGAAAAAGCCGAACGUGAACGAAUGGAGCGUGAGGCGUCGAAGAGGGCGCUGAUCGACAUGAACCCGAAGGAGACGCAAGAGGGCGUGAUGGACAGCCUACUUGAGGCGUUGCAAACCGGAAGUGCCUUUAGCAGGGAGCAGAAGCGGAAACGGGCGUGUCGGCCCGCAGGUGCGGAACGGCGCGCGCAAUUGGUGCGAUCGCGCUCAAGGUCGGGCUUGAUUGCUGGAAGGGAGUUGUUGAGCGAGAUUACAGCUUAGGAUGUCAUCGAAGUUUUCCUUGGUUUAUUUUAAGCUCAAUUAACGUUAAUUUUGUAUCUUAUUUAUUAAUGAUUUUGAAGUCUUCCUUGUAUAUAAUAAUGUUUUUUGUAUAUUAUGAAUCUCAUCGAUUUUUAUAAGUGUGGCAUUUGCUUCAACUGUUAGAAAACGUAUUGUAAUAUUUUUUUAUGAAAGAAUCAGCGGAAUUAUGUUUUAAUACUUAAUAAAUUAUUUUCACCGAUUGUUA